GACAUUGUGUUUUGGUAUUCUAGACGAUUCAAGGCAAAAAUUGAUCCUGCCCUUGAAACACAGUUUCAAUCCGCCUCCGCUUACCUUCCAAGCAUCGUUGGUAAGCUUGAUCGCAGUGACCUCAUGCAAUUUUAUGGACUCUACAAACAAGCAACUGCUGGUCCAGCACAACCUGCCGAACGGCCUUCGUUCUUUGAUGCCAAAGGAAGGUUAAAAUUCGAUGCAUGGGCUCAGCUCGGCAAUAUGUCAAAGGAAUGUCAUUUGACUACCAUGACAUUCGUUUUCCAAAUAAAGAGCUCUAUUGGACAAUUUCUUCAGAGCGAAUCGUCCGAUAGUAGUUCGAUGUCCGUCAGUGAUCGCGAAGCAUUGUUAUGGUUUACGGCAGCGAAGGCAGAUGAUGAAAGUACAAUGACGGAUAUAUACAAUCGUAAGCCAGAAGUACUGAAUAGUACGGAUCAGCACCUCGGUAUGACUGCUUUGCAUUGGGCCAUCGAUUCUGGUUGUGAUAAAGUGAUACAGUUCUUGAUCUCCAAAGGGGCUGACGUUAAUGCAGUAGAUCCUGAAGGCAAUACCCCUUUGCAUUUUGCAGCAUAUUGUCAUCGUGAAGCUGCAGCUGAAGUUCUGAUUUCCAAAGGAGCUGAUCGAAUGGCACGCAACAGUGAUGGCCAGACGGCUUCUGAAGCAUGUGAUGAACCAGCGUUGCGAGCAAUUUUGGCACCGCCAUUAUGA